CUCAACCUUUUGCAAUAAUUACUGAAAUCCAUAUCAAGUAUUGUACAUACAAUUUAACGAAAUGUAAAACAUCUUGCAUAAUUUUUUUAAAUUAUCGUACUGACAGCUGGUAAUCGUUAUUACAUGUAUAUGUGCUGCUGAUCAGUUUUCAUUACAGUAACUUAGAAAACCAGCAAACGUUUAUAAUGAAGGGAAAAGAACUUGUGAUAAAUCCUUUCGGUAAGCUUGGAGCUGCCAAGAAAAAGGAUGUGUCAAUAAAAGAGGAUAAAGAGGUUAUGUUGCCGGAAGAGACAAAAGUCGGGCACAUCAAGUGUAAAGCUGUCAGAGUGAAAAAGUACGAUGAGUUGCUGAGAGAGAAAAAAAAAGAGAAAAAAGCAAAAAGAAAGGCCAGAAGAAAAGCUGGUGAACCCAAACAGGUGCCUCAUACCAUCGAAAGUUUGAGAGAGAAAGAUGACACCACGAUUCAUGGAGAGAUCGACGAUGAGGAGAAUCAAGAAGUCAAAGUUGAUCUAGAGCACGAUGAGUUUUCUGCCUACUUCAGACAGGAGUAUAAACCCAAAGUGUUGAUCACCUUCUCUGACAAUCCACAUGCAAAGACGAGGAUAUUUGGCAGAGAAUUGACAAGGAUAAUACCUAAUUCGAUAUCGUUGUACAGAAAUCGCUCUGGUGUUAAGAAAAUGGUCAAGAGUUGUAUCGAGAAAGGAUUUACGGAUAUUGUUGUUGUAAAUGAAGAUCGGAGCAAACCAAAUGGUAUGUUGAUAGUUCAUUUGCCUGAAGGACCUACAAUGUACUGUAGGCUAAGCAAUGUGAAAAUUACUCCAGAAUUGAAAAGGAGUCAUAAAGAAAUAUCAGAACAUCGUCCAGAAGUUUUGUUGAAUAAUUUUACAACACGCCUUGGAUACACAGUUUCUAGAAUGCUGGGGGCUCUAUUUCAUUAUCAACCAGAAUUUAAAGGUAGACGAGUCGUCACUUUCCAUAACCAACGUGAUUACAUAUUCUUCAGACAUCAUAGAUACGAAUUUGACAAAGAGACCGCCAAGCCAAGGUUGCGCGAAUUGGGACCAAGAUUUACUUUAAGAGUGAAAUCCUUGCAGCAUGGUACGUUCGAUAGUAAAUAUGGCAAUUUCGAAUGGAUUAUCCAAGGCAGACGACACCAGAUGGAAACUAGUCGUAGAAAGUUCUUCUUGUAAACUACUUCGUGUGAGAUUAGAUUUUAAAAUAAAUUAAAAUAAAUUGUAA